CGUGGGUUGCUCCAAUUGGCUGUAACGCAUCUUUUGGCUGACUGCCAUUGGCUGCAGAAGGAUCAGCUGGGGAAAGGGGCGUGGCCUAUGAAGGUUGCUGUUGAGGGUUCUCAUUGUUGUGCAGUUAAUGCCUCUUUGCCUGGCUGCAGCGCACCCACAGGUCUGAUCCAGCUACUGUAUAACCUCCAACUGCCAGGUAACCAGAGCAGGCUGACUGCAGGCAUAUAAUAUACUGUGCAAUAUGUAUAUAUAUAAUCAGCUUUAACUAUAGUUUAAUCAUCUUCAUAUGGCUCUGUAAUAUUUCUCUUUAUUUUGUGCUAUUAGGUGGAUUUAAUAUGCAUUAUAAUAAAGGUUAAUAUCAAUGUUUGAACAGAUUAUUCACUUAUCCCAGUUUGUUUUAUCAUUCAGGUCCAGCCCAGUAACAAGCUUACUAUUUUUUAACAUAGUAACUAAGCAAGCCCUGCAGUGUAUUAUUUAUGGACAUUUUUAAAUGUGACUUAUUAUGUUACCAAUGGAUCUAAUGUGUGCACCCCCUUAAAAAAACGUGUGAUUGUUAGAAAUGCUUGCAGGUUAGUUGGUUUAGAACAGUAAGAUCCCCGGUGCAUCAUUGCUAAAUGCUACAGGCUCGUUUUUGUUGUUUGUUUUUCCCCUUUAAUUUUAUUAUUAUUGCCGCAGUGCUAAGGAUCACACCCUAAAAAGGGACAAUGGCUUCAGAAUUUUCUUACUUUGUUUUGAAUCCUUUGAACUGACGCUUGAGAAUUUGAAUGCUGUCCUGCUUUGCUUAAAUCACAAGAUCAUAUGCUGUUUUCUCACCCGAAGCAAUGUUUAUAUGACAGUCGACAAAUGGGCCUUAUUCACUAAACUGUGUAUUGUGUUGAAUUCAUUUGCGCAAUUGAGGCCACAAGAGCUUAGAGUGUUACAUUUUGUGCUCCUUUUUUGCCUGUCCCUGGCCUGUAGAGUUGGGAUUUAUGCAUAUUGUGCCCCUUUAAAUACUGUGGGAGUAUUCUCAGUCUCCUUAGCACCAGUAUGCCAGUCCUUCCCUUUCUAAGUACUUUGCAAAUGGAAUGCAGAUAAAUGCAUAACUCUCUGUAUGGUUGUAGGUGACUAAGAGGUACUUGGGGCAAGGUAGCAGAGAUGGGGCUUUGCACUGGUAAACUCUCUGUUAAAAGUAAAUAUAUACCAAUUUAACCCCUUAAGGACACAUGACAUGUCAUGAUUCCCUUUUAUUCCAGAAGUUUGGUCCUUACGGGGUUAAAAAAAAACAAAAAAACCUCUCAAACUCAAAUAUCCUGAUGAUGAAGUCAUUAAUAAUGCUGACUUUGUCUAAUUCACUGCUUCUCACGGAGAAGUGUUGAUGAUACAGGGCAGAGACUUAUGGCAAUCAAAAUGCUCUGUCAAUUCAACACCAAAAAAGCAUUGAAUCCAAUGCUUCUCUUUGAGACGUGUUGGACGCAUUUGGUGUCACCAUUGAAUAAAAUUGUUUGAAUUGCAAAUGCACUUUGAUCCUUGUAACAUUACUCAUUUAUCUUAUUUUGUAAUCUAUAACAAAAAAAAGCAAAAAAUCAGAGGAAUAAAAGGUGGUAGAAACGUGGAAAGGCAAAAACAGAAGCCAAUGUAUAAAGGGUAGAGACGCAAAUUUAUAAAGAAGAAAACGGGUCAUGCGCACAAAAGUGGCGCAGAUGUGACUGCGAACAACAGGGAUUUUUUUGCAGAAUCUCUAGUAACUCUCUCUGUUUAAGUGGUGGGGAUCCUUUUGGCUCCUACUCCUAGUUUUAUUUUCAUUUACAUUUCACCAACAUAUUCCACAGCACUUUACAAUGUGAUAAAGAGAGUCAUUUAACAAUAGAUGAGGUAGAUACAAAAUGUUACAGGAACAAUACGUUGAUGAGGACUCUACUCAAAAGACAACUUUAGUAACAACUUGCAGAAAUAUAUUGUGGUACCUGUGCCCCAGAUUAGUAUACUUGUAUUUUUUAACUAUGCAAUCAGCACUAUCUAUGUGUAUACAAUAUUACAUUUAAUGAUUUAGUUAAUAAGAAAUAUCCAAAUGAACAAUCUCCUGUAGCUGUUUGGCAAAUUAUUUUAUAAUUUAGUGAUUAUUAUUAUUAAACCAGCCCAGCUAUUGUACUUCUAAAUUGCCACAUGUAGCUCCAUUUUCAGAUGUUUCUAAAUAUCUGUCUUCGUUGAGAAACAUUCUUUAUAUUUUAUCAUGCUACCAAAUUACUUAUUUAAAGCAAGUGGAUAAAAGCUUUAAAAUUGAUUUUUAUUGGAUUUAAACUGCAUUUCUUUUAAUAAAAUGCUUUUGGAGAAACAAUCUAAGAUAUAAUUUUCUGUAUUACAAUCAUGUUUUUUGUGGGAGUGUGAAGGACAUUGACAUUAACAAACCGCAUCCAGUUUUUGGCUUUCUACAGGAUUCUUUAAACAUACUUUGUGUGUGGUGGUUAUUUUGUGUUGCACAAUACUAUUUUUAACUAGGAGACCAUCUGUUUUUGAGGUACUUACAAUUUUAGUUCCUAGUGUAGGCAUGUGAAUAGUGACAGUGGUGGUCAUUCAUUAGACAGUGACUAUCUGACAAACUGCAUUGAAUGAGAAUCUAAACUAUUUGGCUCAGGAAUUCUGUAUCGCCUUCGUAUAUAUCCCGUACAUACAUAACAUGUAUAGCUUGGAGGAUAGACGGGACAGGGGGGAAAUGAAGGGAACUCACACAGUAAAGGAGGAGACUUUAUUUAAUAGAAGAAAAACUACCACAACAAGAGUACAUAGUCUUAAAUUAGAGGGACAAAGGUUUAAAAAUAAUAUCCGGAAGUAUUACUUUACUGAGAGGGUAGUGGAUGCAUGGAAUAGCCUUCCAGUUGAAGUAGUAGAGGUUAACACAGUGAAGGAGUUUAAGCAUUGGGCACACUAGAUGGGCUGAACAGUUCUUACCUGCCAUCACAUUCUAUGGUUCUAUACCAAAUAUAGCAUAACCUAAAGUAUCCAUUGCAUGCCAUGUAUUACCACAGAAUUUCAUAGAGCCUUAUAGAAAUUCAAUGUACUCCACCUUUUACAUGACCAUUUGUUGCCUACAAACUAAAAAAAUGUUUUUUUUUUUUUUUUUUUUCAUUUUUAGUUCAAACCGUGCAUAUUUAAUACAAUGUUAACAGGCACUUCAGCAGUUUUAUUUAAAGCUUGCAGGAGUAAUUUGUGCUUGACCUGAAAGUUACAGGAUCAAUACUCACUUGUGUGUUUUAUCCUACCAAGGCUGCAGGAAUGAAUGGGCACUGUAAUGAACAUGGUGUAUAGGCACCAUCUAUUAGUAUUAAUUUUCCCUUGAUUAUAAUAAUAAUUUGCUAUUUUUAUAGAGAUGUAAAGCACUUUACAAGUAUACAAACAUAAAGACAUAAAAGUUAGGAGUUUCUGAAGGUCAGAUGAUGGGACUGAAUUCCUGAUGGAAGAGGUGGGUCUUUAGCUUUUUUAAAAAGGUUGUAAGGAUGGUGCCUCUCUGAUUGUGCACGGAAAAGAGUUCCAGAAGGUAGGGGCAGCGUGUCUGAAUGCCCUGGACAGGGCUGUCAUCAGAAAUUUUGUGGCCCCUAACAAAGCUCAACGUUUUGGCCCACCCCCGACUCCGCCCACAGGGCUCUUUCUGAGUCCGCCCACAAGGAUGCAGGACUGAAUGUGGUGUGUGUGUGUGUGUAUAGUGGAUGUAGAAUUAGAAUGCAUGCAAUGGAUGCAGAAUGAGUGUAUAAUGAAUGCAGUGUGUAUAUUGGAUGCAGAUUUUACGUUUGUGUGUAUUAGAUGCGGUGUGUGUUUGUGUAGUGUGUGUGUGUGUGUGUAUAGUGAAUACAGAAUGUGUUUGGGUAGUGUGUGUUUGUGCAGUGGCUGUAGUGUGUGUGUGUACAGUGAAUAUAGAGUGUGUGUGUGUGUGUGUGUGUGUUUGUGCAGUGAUGUAGUGUGUGUAUAUUAGAUGCAGUGUUUGUGUAUAAUGAACUGUGUGGUGGAUGUAGUGUGAGUAUAGUGAAUGCAGAAUGUGUGUGUAGUGGAUGCUGUGUGUAUAGUGAGUGCAAACUGUUUGUCAGUGUAUUAUGAAUGCAGUGUGUGUGUCAGUGAAGUGUACGCAGAGUGUGUGUUGUACUAGUGUAUGCAGUCUGUGUCAGUGUAGUGUAUGCAGUGUGUGCUUGUUGUAUUAGUGUAUUAGUUUAGGCGGGGGGGGGGGGGGCAGCACACUGCAUCUGCACAUUCAGCUCCUCUCUCUUCCAAUAACUCUCACGAGCGUGGCCUGCGUGACGCUCGGAGCUCUGAAGGCCGCGGGUCUCGCAAGAGUUAUUGGAAGAGAGGAGCUGAAUGUGCUGGGCCCCUUCUGCAGUAACAGGGAGCCACGGGCCCGCAGCUGUGUGUAUAUGUAUAUAUGUGUAUGUGUAUGUGUGUGUAUGUAUGUAUGUAUAUGUGUGUAUAUAUAUAUAUCUAUAUAUAUCUAUCGAUAUUCGCUAUGUGUGCAGAGAGGGAAUGUGGGGCCGGGGACUGCCAGAGCAGUCCAGGCCCCCCCAGGACCGCUGGGCCCGUGACAACCAUCAUGGUUGUCACCCCCUGAUGGUGGCCCUGGCCCUGGAACCUGAGUCUGUCUUUAUUCUUGGCACUGACAAGAGGGAUCUGCUGGCUGGCCGAGGUGAACUGGAUGGAAUGUAGGGAGCUCUUUCAGGUAUUGUGGGCCCUGAUUGUGAAGGUUAGCAGGCCUAUUUUUAAAAUAUGUUCGCCAUUUUAUUGGAAGCCAAUGCAGGGAGUGGAGAACAGAUGUUAUGUGGCAGGAGCGAGUUUGAUUGGUCAGUAGUCUGGCUGCUGCAUUUGGAACAGUCUGAAGGUGAUGGAGUUCUUUUUUCUGGGAGGCCCAAGUAAAGUACAUUGCAGUAAUCUAGCCGAGAGGAUACAAAUGCAUGGAUUAAUGUUGGCAUAUCAUCCGGUGGAAUUACGUGUUGUAUCCUGGCUAUGUUUUUCAGAUGAAAGUAGGCAGAUUUUACUACAGAGGAAAUCUGCUGUUUAAAUGAUAGUCCAGAGUCAAUCAGCACUCCGAGGUUCCCUACCUUUGAUGAACUAAAGAGUUCAGAGCCUCCAAACUCCAGGCCAGUUGGGUAAUCAUGGGAUAUUUUUUUUGCCCGGGGUCCCCACACCAAGUAACUCUGUUUUGUCCGGGUUCCCUUUAGCCAGCUAGCAUUCAUCCAUUCUAAGUCUGCUAAGCAACUGUUGAUGCGGCAUGUUGGGUCUGUGGUAUCUGGAGCAAAGGAGAAGUAGAGUUGUGUGUCAUCAGCAUAACAAUGAUAUCUUAGGGCAUUGACCUAAGAGGAAUUGGCUUGGAACAUAUAAGGUGGGCAUCACUGAAGCUGUAGAAGAGUAAACCUCUGAUUUAUUGAGACUGACAUUCCUAUAAAUAUCAUGCACAUACAGCCACUCUCUGUAUCCAUCUAAACUGUCAUUUCUAGGAAUCUUUAGAUUUAAAGGAUGGCCAUUUGAUAUAUUUUUUUUCCCCCCUGUAAAGCAAAUAGCACUGCACAUGCAUCACAAGACUGGUAAUUGAAGUGAACAAACAUGAGGUUAUUGUCAGAGAGCAAAUCACAGUCAAUCUCUCAUUAUCAACUCUAUAUUUUUAUUUAAUGGCUUUGUGGUUUGUUUGCUUUUUGUUUUGUUUUUUGCUCAGGACCUCUCCAACACACUGUAUAUAUUAUUUUACUCUCUGAAUUUCUGGAACAAUGGAAAGGAGAGGGUUUAACAUCACCAAGGAAUCAACAAAUAUUAGCCAUUCUAAGACCCUUGUAAGAAUGAUAAAUCAGUUGCAGAAUUAAAGGGUUACUAUAACCCUUUUCACAAUCUAUUUUUUUUUUUUUUAAACUUUAUUAUUCCACAUUGGGUACUAUUGAUCUUGUCCACCGCCUUAUUUAUUUAAAUAAACCUAUUCACUAGAUUAACACUUACUUUAAAUGUAACACCGGGUGAGGUCCUUCUUGCAUUGUUGCUUUAAUCUGCUGUAAUCUUGCACCACCCUGUAUCCAGUUAAAUGUUUCUCAUAGAGAAAAACAACAAUUAGUAUAAAUUAACACCACAAAAUAUAGUGUAGCACUUUCAUCUAAAUCUUGGUGAUUUUGGUUUUGGAAUUGCAGGUGAAACUACAUUGUAUCAUUGUUCCUCUGAACUGCAGAUCUAAGCUGUACAGUGUUUAGCUAAGCCUUUAUAACAGGCCGCUCUAUACAUUUUGUACGUUUUUUUGUUUGAUACAUUGAGGUGGUUGUAGAUUUUUUUUUUUUUUUUCACCAUAAUUUUUUUAUAAUGAAAUACCUCACCGGCUAAUAAAAUGAUCCAAUCAGAUGCUUCUUUAUGAGAAUCUAUAUUGGAAACAAUAAAAGAGGGCAUCAGAUUUAAUUUUUGCACAGAAUUUAUAUGCAGUAGCCUGGAAUAGCGUUCUGGGCUUCCUAAGUCACGUGUGCAGGGGUUGCACAUACUGCCUUCUGCCAGCAUGACCAUUGCUAAAAGCAAAAGAGUUCAUAGUGGUUGGAGUAACCCUUUAAACCUCGUUAACUAGAGGCAUUAUGUGUAACAUAUAUACCUAUUUGUGUAGCCAAAUACUAUAUUUGUAUUUCUAAUUGUCUCAUAAAAUGCACUCGAGGUUAGGGAUUCUUUAUGCUAGCAUUUUAAUAUUCUAAGCUAAAUGAAUGGCUCAACUUUAGUGUGUGCACAUGGACAGCUGUGUGACCUUCUACAUAAUCCUAUUGGGCAUUUGCUUUGUCUUUCAAGAAAACUGCAGAGUCAUACACCGCUCUUGCAUAACCCUUUGAGUGAUUGCAUUCCUCAACUGUAACAACAUUUAACCAUUUCAUGUUUUUUGAAGACUCCUAAAAAGUGGUUGACUUCAAUAUUGUUGCCUCCCAACCAUUGUGAUUUCAAAGGAACACUCCCAGCACCAUGACUACUACAUAUUACAGAAGUGCUCUGGCACCCCCCAAGACUAUGUAGUCAAACAGCUUUAAAGGACCACUAUAGUGCCAGGAAAACAUACUCGUUUUCCUGGCACUAUAGUGCCCUGAGGGUGCCCCAACCCUUAGGGUUCCCCUCCAGCCAGGCUCUAGGGAGUGGAAGGGGUUAAAUUUACCUAUUUUUCCAGCGCCGGGCAGGGGACUCUCCUCCUCCUCUCCUCCUCCUUCUCAUCGUCAUUGGCUGAAUGCGCAUGUGCGACAAGAGCCACGCGCGCAUUCAGCCAGUCCAUAGGAAAGCAUUCUCAAUGCUUUCCUAUGGACGCUGGCAUCUUCUCAGUGUGAAAAUCAGUGAGAAGCGCCUCUAGCGGCUGUCAGUGAGACAGCCACUAGAGGCUGGAUUAACCCUAUUAUAAACACAGCAUUAAGCUGAAGUGGUCUGGGUGCCUAUAGUGGUCCUUUUAAGAAUGGUUUGAAAACAUACCUGGGGUCUGCUGGUCACCUGCCACUGCCUGUUUUGCCAAUAAACCCAUCCUGGUUGUGCAGGGCUGGACUCAGCUCUUGCUUUCGGCCAGUGAGCCGGGCCUACACUGCAGGGCUGAGCUAAGUGGAGUUAGUGGAAGCUUCUGCAAACAGGAGAGGUGGUGAUGGGUGGCUUGUUAUUUUAGUUGUAAAGGUUUAAGUAAUUACUCCAAGAGUGCACAAGGGCACACUUGGCACCAUAACCAUUGCUGCGAGUUGUAGUGGUUAUGGUGCUUGGAGAGUUCUUUUAAUUUUUAAAAUCAAACUCUCAAAAUGGAAACUUGCAUUUAGAUUUAUUAUAACCAUUGUUUCUAUAGAGGCAAUAAUGGACUUUUAAGGUUAAAGGACCACUCUAGGCACCCAGACCACUUCAGCUUAAUGAAGUGGUCUAGGUGCCAGGUCCUUCUAGGGUUAACCCAUUUUUUCAUAAACAUAGCAGUUUCAGAGAAACUGCUAUGUUUAUGAAUGGGUUAAGCCUUCCCCCUAAUCCUCUAGUGGCUGUCUCAUUGACAGCCACUAGAGGCGCUUGCGUGCUUCUCACUGUGAUUUUCACAGUCAGAGCACGCCAGCGUCCAUAGGAAAGCAUUGAGAAUGCUUUCCUAUGUGACCGGCUGAAUGCGCGUGCAGCCGACGGGGCGGAUCGGAGGAGGAGAGGAGGCAGAGAGCUCUCCGCCCAGCGCUGGAAAAAGGUAAGUUUAACCGCUUUUCCCCUUUCCAGAGCCGGGCUGGAGGGGGACCCUGAGGGUGGGGGCACCCUCAGGGCACUAUAGUGCCAGGAAAACGAGUAUGUUUUCCUGGCACUAUAGUGGUCCUUUAAUGCAUUUGGAUUUUAGAAAAAUUUCCUCCAUAUUGAUGUGAGCCAGUCAUAUAGGUGGACAGAUUAUUUGUUUACAGUACUGGGGUGGUCCAGAUUAGACAAAAUAGAUAAUGAAAGUAAACGUAUCUCUGUCACAAAAAAUAAACUUUAUCUAAUCUGCUUCUAAAUUGCUCCUUGUGUAUGAAAAUCUCUCUCCCUCUCCUCUAAAAGCAAGGGUCUGUUUCAGUUGGCAAUCACUUUCACGCACAGUCCUUAGUAAAUCAAUCUCACAGAAGUGGAAGCAGCAGACCUCAUGGCAGAGGAGAACAAGAUGGUUGUGCCCAGAUAUAGAACAAAAACCCCAAAGAUAAAUAAAAAGACAGGCAAAGAAUGGGGGGGGGGGGGAGAACCAAGAAAUUCUAGGAAAGGCAGGGCCUUUUUUGCAAUGCUGCUAAGGAAGAGUGCCUAGCAAAAGCCCAAGUUUAUGAUAACUAUUUCGCAAUGAACUAGGGAACAGUGCCAGGACAAUUAGCAAAAUAACUUCUAAAGCAAGCGGUAGUGCUUAGACUGCCCCCAUUACAUUUCUAAAAUUCAACUACAAAAUAAUCUUACCACCAAUUUUACUAUUACCUGUCAGUUUCCUCUCUUACUGGUGUAUUCAGAUUAAAGGACCACUAUAGGCACCCAGAUCACUUCACCCCAAUGAAGUCAUCUGGGUGCAGUGGUUCUUUAGUUUUAAUCCUGUAGUGUGAAACAUUGCAGUUUUGGGGAACAUCUACAUGGAUUAACUAUAGUGGAUACACCGUAGCAUUAGGAAGACAUUUUUCGCUGAUAUGAAGAUUUGUUCCAGAUUUGCCACUUUUGCCUUGAUUUUUCUACUUUGAUUUUAAAUUGCUCAGAUUUGGAAUUUUGUGAAUGACCCAUGUAGUCUGCUUUCAGAUGAGUACACCUAAAAUGAACAUUUUAACCAGGGAUGGAGGAACACAACUGACAUUUUCUCUGCAUUACUUAUUUAAAACAUCUCAAUGGAAAUACUUGGCAAAUAUAAGAGCUUUUCUGACACACAAUUCAGAUUUUCUUGUUUUUAAUUCAACAGAAUGUCUAAGAAGAUUCAGGGUGGCUCUGUGGUGGAGAUGCAAGGAGACGAGAUGACUCGAGUCAUCUGGGACCUCAUUAAGGAUAAGCUAAUUUUGCCCUACGUAGAGCUGGAUUUACAUAGGUAAGUUGUUCCUUCAUUAAAGGAAAUCACUUUUAUUUGCUUGUAUUUGGCAAUAUUCUGACUCUGGUAAUUGUCCAGUUAAGAGAGAGAAAAAUAUGACAUAUUUAUUGGUUCUGCAAACUUUUAUCAUGUAUCAUUCAUAUAGACUGUAAGCUCGUUUGAGCAAUGCCCUCUUCAACCUAUUGUUCCUGCAAGUUUUUGUAAUUGUCUCAUUUGUUGUUAAAUCUCCCCCUUUGAUAAUAUUUUAAAGCGCUACGGAAAAUGCUGGCGCUAUAUAAAUACCAGUAAUAAUUCCCAAAGCAUAGUCCCCAUCCCAUUUUAGUUUCUGAAUGUUCUGUAUCCUUCAAAAGUUAAUACAUGUAAGAACACACGUAAAGUGUACUUAAGCUUACUAGUAGGGCAAAUGUUUAAUCUGUGAGAUCACACACUUUCUUAUUAACAUAAACACAAUGGUGAUUUUAAAUUGUGAUGUUGUUCAGAAGGGAUUACCCUUUACUCCAUCUAACCUGUUCCCUUAUCAUGCUUACCAGACUUUGAGCAGAACUAGCUUUUCAGAUAAAUCACAUUAGCUCCUUUACUGCAGGGACUGACGUAUCCUUGGAUAUGGAGGAAAGGUCACACAUUGUAAAGACUGCCAGUUCCUACAAGCUUGGAAAACAUGCAAGCACACAGACCGUAUAAUCACUGGAAGCUAUGUAUUCUUGCAGUCUUUUAUUUAUUUAUUUAUUUUUCCCCACCAUUGCCUUUAAUGAAUUAUUUCAGAGUUUACUCCAUCUAGAUUUUUCUGUAGAAUUAGAUCACCAUUUGUCCUACAGAGAAAUAUACAUCACAUAACAAAAGUACAAGGGGCCAUGCAUUAUUUUAUCAUUAUUAUUUUUUAUUUAUGGCAUUUGUGAAUAAUUUUUAUUGCCUAGGGGCUAUCGUAUGUUUAGCAAAUUACAUAACAAUGAUUUCUAAAAAGAAAAGUAUUGUGGAUCUUGCAAUAUGAACCUAGUCGAUAAACCUGAUUGUAACGUGAAUCCGUCAAACCUGAGUUACAAGGGUGAACAUCAAUCCUGCUACAGUGUCAAUUAAACUGUUAAGCAAGUCUUUUUGCUAACUUGCAAGCUGAGGUCACUAGGCCUUUUUAAAGUUUUGUAAUGGUAUAGAUCUGAUUAAUUUGUAUAGAUUUAUUUUUACAGUUAUGGAAAACCAUUUUAAGUUAUGCAAAGGUUCAUACGGGUAUUUAUUGUUCAGGAUGUGCUUGUUUUCGACUUGACAUUUAUUUAUUUUAAGUAUUCACAUAUAUUUAGCCCCAUGGAGUUUGCAUAAUUGUUAUUUCUCACAAUUCUUCAAAUGAUUACUCCAAGCAUCAUGAACACAUUAGUGUUUUCAAAUGGUGGUGAUGCCUGGAGUCUGUUUGUGUAUAUUUUCGGUUUAAAACACUACACAUAAAGAGAUAUUCAGGUAAGCUGCUAGAGGUGUAAUUCCACCUCCGGCAACGUCAUCAGGACUUCAUUCACCCACUUAAAACAAGGCUUCGAUUAAGAUGCCAUCCUGGGACCCAGCUAAGAAGGCAAUCAGUUGCAAAACUGUUUAUUACAUUGCCUAGAUACUCCCAGUAUCCUUAGCACUACAUCGGUUAUUGCUGCUUCAUGCUGUAAAUCCCAAGAAUGUCAAAAUAAUUAUGUACAACUUCCCAGUCACUCUUCUUUUAUUUUUUCAUUUAAAUAUAUAAUAUAUACAUAUGAUAUAACUUGGUUGAGUCUUAAACUUGGUGAAAAAAACAUUUCCCACUAUUUUAUUAUUGACAUACAAACAUUGGCUUCAUAGAUCAUUUGGAAUUGUUCUGAAAAGUGUAUUAUAAGAUAUUCCACUUAUUGACUUACAUACUGAAUUAUUUCUAUAAAGCUAUGAUUUGGGAAUUGAAAACCGUGAUGCCACCAAUGAUAAGGUCACAGUGGAAGCGGCAGAGGCUAUCAAGAAGUAUAAUGUUGGCAUCAAGUGUGCCACUAUUACUCCGGAUGAGAAUAGAGUGGAGGAAUUCAACUUGAAAGAGAUGUGGAAAUCUCCAAAUGGAACCAUCAGAAAUAUCCUUGGAGGCACAGUGUUCAGAGAGGCUAUCAUAUGCAAGAACAUUCCUAGACUUGUUUCCGGAUGGGUGAAGCCCAUCAUCAUUGGACGUCAUGCCUAUGGUGACCAGGUAAGAUGCUGCAUCUCUUCAGACAGUACUCCUACAGCUAUAGUAAAGAAAUUGUGAGCAAUUUACUGGAUCAGAUUGUGAACAUUCCUGUUUAUUUGUGCCAGUAGUACAACCAUGAACUAUAAUAAAUAUUUUAUUUACGGUUACUAUAUUAUUAUUAUUUAUAUAACAAAUUCUGCAGUGCUUUCGGUAUAUUGUAUCGCGUUCAAUAGUCCACAUGCUGCUACAUUCCUUCUAACAGCUUAUCAUGAUUUGUUUUGAGGCUUCAUAGCCAGUUUCUGAGUCUUCUACACCGCUUUUCAGUUUAACCCUUAGUUAGCCACAGAGUUUCUCACAUAUUUGUAUUGCAAUUAAACUCUGUCUAGUUGAAUUUUACUAAUCUUACAUUAUCACAUCCUGACAGAUCAAGAAAUUAAUUUAUCAGUGUUAUACUGAGUCUACUGAAUCAUUGUUUUAUUUAACUCUAUACUGCUCUGCCAGAUUUGAUAAAUGCAGCACCAUCAAAAUCUGAGCAGAUCAACAAUUAAAUUUACUUGUACAUUAAGGCUCAACAGCUAAAAACUAAGUUGGAUUAUCUAUACUAAGGCCCAACAACGUGAUAUUAAGUUUUAUCCAGGACUGGUGCAAGGAUUUUUGCCGCCCUAGGCAAACAAAAAUUUGCACCCAUCCAUAUGUUGUGCCCACCAUGUGACAUCACAAUGCCCCACCCAUAUGAUCUGCCAUAUGAGCCAAUGCCAGUGCUGCACACAGUGUCUUUUCUCUGAAAAAGCAGUGUGUUUACAUUAAAAAGCCUUCAGGCAUAGGCUAUCGACACCAGAACCACUACAUUAAGCUGUAGUAGUUCUGGUGACUAUAGUGUCCCUUUAAUGUGAGGUAAAUUUGAGAUUGGUGCCACUAAUAAUAUAAUGGAUUGCCUGCUUACCACAAGAUGAGAACAAGAUGAUGAUGGGCUCAGGCUGCAGUCUGGCUCCACUGCUCUAAUGUAGAACAGGCUCUCUGGAGGCUGUUUGUAUCAGUGCUCACAAAAAUCAACAAAUAGGAAGCAGCUCCAUGGUUUUUUGGGCCCCUUACACAGCUCAAGGUCUGGGCCCCCAGGGGCUGACAGUGAGUAUGCCUACAAGGCUUGCCCAUAAGUCCACCUACAUGGCCCACACAUGACUUCACUCACAGGGAGUGGAGUGUAUGUGUGUAGGGGAUAUGUUAUGUGUUGUUGUAGAGGAUGUAGUGUGUGUGUGUGUUAUGGAAUGUAGUGUAUAGGAAUACCAGUUUGUGUAUGGGAUGUAGUGUUUGUGUGUAAGUGAUAGAAAGCAGUGUGUGUAAGGGAUGCCUUGUGUAAAUCUGUUUUUGUAUGUGUAAGGGGUACAUUGAGUGUGUGUAAGAUGCAUUGUGUGUGUGUGUGGGAUGAAUUAUGUAUGUGAUGGAUGCAUUAUGUGUAAGGGUGAGUUUGUGUCUUACAAGCCCCUUGUGUGUUUCUUAUUUCGCUCUUCUCUUUGUAUGUGUCUAACUCCCCCCAGCCCCUUUGCGUUUUUUACUCUUACCAGCUCCUUUGUGUGUCUUUUACCCACAGGCCUCUCUGUGUGUCUUUCCCCUCCCAACCCCAGGUGCCCCUUUGUGUCUCCCUCAUGAGCCCCUUUGUGUUUCUCUUUCACCCCUUCCUCAGUGUCUCUGUAUCUUACAACCCCCCCCGUCCCUUAAUGAUCUUUCACUUCCCCAUCCAUUAGAGGUCUCCCAUCCUGUCCCUGAGAACUAUCCCAUCCCCUCCUGUCCCUUAGUGUUCUCCCAUCCUUUCCUGUCCCUUAGUGAACUCCCAUCCAUUAGUGAUAUAUUUUGCCCCCCAUUCAUAGAUGCUAAUGAGGGUAUAGGCUAUCAGAGCCCAGGAGAUCCCUGUUUUUGCCAUACUGCUCCAAAAUGGUUUGAAAAAAAAAUGGCUGAUGGCGUCCAUAGAUUUAUAGCACCAUAACCACUACAUUGACCUGUAGUGUAUAUUGUGCUUUGAGUGAUGUGGUUACUGCUUAAUUGUGUAAAAUGAUUAACAUGUUUGUUGCUCUUUGAAAAUCUAAUUUAAGGAGUAAUCUCUGUACACAUUUGGUUGACUGAUUGUAGACCAUGAAAAUGCAAAGGUUUGCAUAAGUCAAACUAACCAGUUUGUAAAACAUAAAUCAAUUAACAGGCUGAACAUUAACCAUUCUCAUAAAAGACCAUGUUUUUCAAUUUGGUUUCCACAAGUAAAGAUUUUUUUUUUUAGUCAUUGUUAGUAACUAUGAGUGUGAGCCUAGAAUUGGUGUAAAAAAACAAGCCACCCCUCCCCUCCCCCCCACACACACACACAACUCUUUAUUAUUUGUGUGCUUAUGGGGUUCGGAGUGUCACUUUAAUUACUAUAUGUUUAUAUUAUGUAUUCAAAUGUAUGAGUAUAUGUAUGUGUGUGUGUGUGUGUGUAUAUAUAUGUAUAUAUAUCUCUAUCCUCAAUCUUACUGGAGUAUUUGUAUUUUUGUUGUAGAUUUAUAUAAAACAUAUAACACAGCCAGCUCGCUUGUAGCUCCUAAAGUCUAGAGAAGCAAAUCAACAUAUUAAACUAAAAUUGUCAUUACAUGGAGCGGUCUUGUGUUUUUCAUUUUUACAGUACAGAGCAACAGAUUUUGUGGUUCCUGGGCCAGGCACUGUAGAAAUCUCAUUCACACCUAAAGAUGGAGGGGAACCUAUUAAAUAUGUGGUCAAUAAAUUUGAAGGUAAGUUUCCUUUAAAGUUUAUUUUUUUUUUCUUCUUCUUCCUUUCCCAAUCUUUUAUUUUCUUAAAGACAUGCCAGGCUGGAACCGAUGCCAUUUGUGUUCCAUUUUGGUUGUUGACAUUUAUAAAAUAUCUAAAAGUAAGGUUAACCACCUUUUGAAUGUCAUUUGUUUAAUGCAAAUACACACAGGAUUUGCUGUUUCUGCAAAUUCAUUAAUUUCAAUGUGGCUGCCAUAACAUCUCAAGUUGCUUAACGUACAGAAGCCAUAAUAAUGUUAGAUAUUGCUAUAUUCAUAGAGCAGCACAUGCACAUCUAUACUUGUCAAGAAGUUGCUACUGAUUUAUGAAAAAGAUGUGCAAGACAAUGUUAAUAGGGGGUUCACUUUAUUUGUGAGAGUCCUCAUUCAUUUAUACGCAAAUGAGAAGCAGCCAAGGAGACUGUACUUAUAUGUGUAAGUGAUAGAUAAUAUAGCCUAUAUAUAUAGCUACCCGAAGCUGAUCUUUUAAAUUUAGGCCCCACUUUAUUUUGUUGUGCUACUGUUCAUGUGCUCAAGCCUUUCCAGUAAUGCAGGUUUUGCAGCUUUUAUAAUGACCGUACACAUAGAUAUUAUAAGUCAAACAUACACAGCAAAAUUUGCACCUCAACAAAGUAUGCCCUUGCUUUUAAUUUUUUUAAAUUUUUUAUAAGGUUUUAAAAUGACUUGAUAUUUUAAAACAAAAACAAUAUUUUUAUUUAUUUAUGGAUAUUAUUUUUUUUUAUAUAAUGAGAUAUAUAUAUAUAUAUAUAUAUAUAUAUAUAUAUAGAGAGAGAGAGAGAUAGAUAGAUAUAUAGAUAUAUAUAUAUAUAUUUUGAAUAAAAAAAUAAUUAUCCUACGAUAUUGAAUAAUUUGAAAAGCACGCCCAAAAAAAAUUAAAUUCAGACCUAUGUUCCUUACAUUUGUUCUUAGUUGAACAGAAAAUAAUAUAUGGCAUAGAAAACUGUUAAAGGGGUUACUCCAAGCAUCAUAAACCUUACAGUUUGCAGUAGUGGUUCUGAUGUCUGGUACCAUGGCCGUGAUCCCCGGUUAUGAGGCAAACCAUUUAUCAAUGUUUUACUCCUUAACUAGGUCCCCACCGGGCUCUAAUGCUCCCUGGUGGUCCAGUGGCAGGCUUCCGGUUUCUGCAGAUUCUAGUUCAUAGCUGGCUGAUUACGCUGCCAGAAUUGGACUUACACUUCCAUCAGCUAAACAGUUAAACUCUUGAGAGCCCCCUCAUCCAACAAUCUCAGCCUAACCCAAUUCAACUCAGAAGGAACCUGAAUUCUAUUGACCUCCAGCAGCUCUCAGAUGGUGUCCAGUCUUAAUUUUUGUCCAUCCCUACCUUAUGUCCCUCACUGGCUAUCUCCUUAUACAAUAUUAUCUUCACUACUGCCCUGGAUGCUGUAGCCAUUCGCCAAACAUACACCUCAAAGAGGACAUUCCUCCAACCAUGGCACACUUAAGUCAACACGCUACCGGAUGCUUCCUUUCUGCUGAACGCUACUGGAGGAAGUCUUGCACCUUGUCAGACUUUCUCCAUUAUAAAUUAAUCUUGCAUUCGUACAGCACAGCCCUCACUCUUGCUAAACAGUUAUACUGUUCCUUCUUAAUAUUUUAUGCUCCCGCACAGAUUAUAGCUUUGCAUGCUACUUCACUGACUAAAUUGAACCGCUAUUGAAAGAAUUUUCAUUUGCUUCUCUCCCUCUCAACCUCACUUGGAUAGGGCCUUUUCUACCCUUCAGAGCUUCUCCCCAGCUACAGAACAAGAAGUGACUGCACUGCUCCUUUCCUCAUGAUCCUGUCCCAUCUCACCUUAUCAAAUCUCUCUCCCCUUUUUAUUUAUUUCUCGCAUUUAUAAAGCGCCAACAGCGCUGUACAAUUGGGGGAAAAAGACAAAACACAAUAAGAACAGACCAGUACAAAAGGUAGAGCUUACAAUCUAAUGGUCUUAUUCCUUCCUUAACACACAUCUUCAACUGCUCUUUCUUCUGGCAUUGCCUUUGCUCUCCUUAAACAUGAUACUGUUUUACCAAUCCUAAAAAAGCCAUCUCUUGACCCAGCUUCCAACUAUUGUCCCAUAUCCCUACUUCCUUUUUGCUCAAAGCUUCUAGAAUGGCUUGUUUGACCUCCACUCUGAGAUCUUUCUAAUUAAAAUUACAAAUUAUCUAAUCGUGGCUAAAUCCAAACUCUAUACUAAUUCUUCUUGACCUCUGCUGCCUUUAAAAUGGUUGAUCACUUCCUCCUUCUCCAAGCUCCUCAAUCCCUCUGUCUCUGUGACAUUGUCCUCUCAUGGUUCUCCUCUUAUCUCUCCCAAUCUUCAAUCAGUGUCUCCUUUCCUAAUAUUUCCUCCCCUCAUCCUGCCUUGGUUAGAGUCCCCCUGUCUUUUUUGGUCAACUUCUGUUUUCUCUAUAUACCACCUCUCUUGGCAAACUUUUUUUAAUUAGUUUUGAUUCCAGUACUACCUGUACGCUGAUGACACGCCACUUGCCUUUCUUCCAUCUCUGCCUGGAUGUCCUUCAGCUUUCUGAAACUCCAUCUCUUUAAAACUGAGCUUCUUUAUUUCCUCCUCAUAACACUGAUCCUCCUUUUUUGCUCUCCCUGCAAGUUAAUGGUACCUGCAUCAGCUGGUCCUUGCAAGCUCACUGUCUUGGUGUUCUCUUUGAUCUGGCCUCACCAUUGCGCUUCAUGUCCAGUCUGUUGCCAAUACCGGUCGAUUCCACCUUAAAAACAUUGCUUGUGUCUAGUAAUUUCUCACAUUGAUUACUGUAAUUCUCUCCUUACUAGGCUCCCCAGAAGCCAUACUGCCUUGCUGCAGUCUGCAAUGAAUGCUGCUGCCAAGCUCAUCUUUCUCUCCAGUUGCUCCUCUCACACCUCACCCGUCUGUUAGUCCUUACAUUGGUUUCCUGUAGCCUAUAACUGUCAGUUCAAAAUUCUAGCCCUUACCCAUAAAGCUCUUAACUCUAACCCCCAUUAUAUAUAUUUUUAACUAGUUCGUAUGUAAGCCCCUUCUGCAGUCCACGGCUUGCACAUUUACAGCUAACUCCCGCUUGCAGGACUUCUCGCGUGUUACUCCUUUCCUUUGGAACAGCCUGCCUACCUACAUCAGUGUCUCCCUGUGUCUUUUUAAUCAUUUAGGAAGUCCCUCAAAGCCAUUUUUUUUUUGCUUUCAAAGCUUAUAGCCUCCCAGCGUAACCUCCAUCUCACAAACCUGUCUCUUGCUCCCUCCUAAAGGCUACACCUAACUAUCACCUCCAGUUCUGCUUUAUUCCCACUUUGUUGUUUGGGUGCUACCCCCAAUGCACUUCCUAUUGUAAUCUUGUUUGAGCAGGGUCCUCAUCAACCUGUUGAUCCUGUAACAUUUUGUAAUGGUGUCAUUCAUUGUUAAAUUUCCCCCUUUUUCUAAUAUUGUAAAGCACUGCAAAAUGAGUUGGCUCUAUAUAAAUGCCAAUAAUAAUAAAAAAUGUGUGUAUGUAUUUAUAAUAUUAUCAGUGUCCUGACUGGAUGCCAUUUAAGUAGUGUGGUUGUCCUCUGUCUUGAUACUGAAGUCUGUUCCUUCGUAUAUAUUUCAGACUGUGGAGGUGUUGCUCUUGGAAUGUUCAACACCGAUCAAUCGAUCAGAGACUUUGCUCAUAGCUCCUUCCAGAUGGCUUUGGCUAAGAGCUGGCCUCUUUAUAUGAGCACUAAGAACACCAUUCUCAAGAGAUAUGAUGGACGCUUCAAGGAUAUUUUCCAGGAAAUCUAUGAAAGGUAUGCAGAUUGUAUUAUUGCCAGCUGCAUUUUUACCUGGAUACAGGAGGAUGGAGGGUGGAUGGAUGACCCUUGUUUCUCAUCUUUACUCUAGUCCUUGAUUAUGACUUGAUCUUAUCACAGCAUGAAUGUCUUCGUGUAUUCUAGUGUCAAUUGGAAACCCCUCUUUAAUAGACUAAUAGAUGUUUUAUACUUGUUAAACCAUAUUGAUUUAAGACACAGUAGCUAUCCAGUCCUAUUUCACAAUACUGUUUGAAGUGGUAAAGUGAUGCUGUUCCGCUGUAUUUAGUAAAAUUUCUUCCUGCGUACAGUCCAGAUUAAGUUCUAGUUUCAAAACUUGAUGGUGAAAUGGCAGUAAAUUCCAAAUAGUUGUACAUAGUUUACUGCUGCAGGAAGUACUAAUUGGUAUUGAAAAAAACCUAGUUUAUUUCUUAUCUUACAAAUUAAUUUCCACCCGAUUGUGAGAGCCUGCAUGUCGUGCAUAUGGGAUAGAGUUCCUACAAAAUGAAAGAGGGAAAACACCCAUAAUGCAAUUCAUCAGCACUCUACUCUCUUUCUAUCCCCUCAUUUAAAAUUUACAGUACUACAUAUAGUCUGGCAAAAGAGGUGGAAAAAAAAAAGCAGGCAGGGCAGUUGCAGCUCCAGCCAAUGCACUGCCAGAUGGGGCCUUGUGGGUUCUCUCCACCUACAAGGAAAUCAAUUUACCAUAAUUUGUCCUAUUAUAUUUUCCUCAUUUGAAUGGUGCUAUAUGGGAUCUUCUACCCAAACAGUGGAAUAUGAGGCCACCUCAAAACAUAGGAUUGAGAAUAAUGGCGAGUAAAGAGGAACAACCUUUUUUUUCUUCGUUUUGAACAGGGAAUACAAGUCUGCCUUUGAAGAUAAAAAGAUCUGGUAUGAGCACAGGCUCAUUGAUGACAUGGUAGCCCAGGCUAUGAAAUCUGAGGGAGGCUUUAUCUGGGCAUGUAAAAACUACGACGGUGAUGUACAGUCGGACUCUGUUGCACAAGGUGAGAAUCUGCUGCGUGGGUUACAGAGAAAAAUAAAAGGUGUAUUUUUUAAAAAAUUAUUUUUUAUUAGAAUACAAACUUGUAAUGACUUGGUGCCCACAAUUAGUUUAUUAUUUUAUAUUGACGCUCUCAAUAUUAUUUUUUACUAUAUAUCGCUUUAUUUACAAAAGCAUCACUAUAUAAGAAUCACCAUUUUGAAAUUAGUUUUGUUUUUAAAUUGUGGGAGGAUCAUGUUGGUACACAUAAACAUCCAAUACCCCUGCAUAACAUGUGCUUAUUUUUAUGUCUGUUUAAAGCUGGUUAAUUAUAAGGGCCUAUAAGGAUUUAUAAGGGUUAGUAUUUUGAAUUGGCUCUUUUAAAAUAACCUGUCUUGCCCAUAAUAGACUUAUUACCGGUAUAUAGAAACCAUUAAAUGUGUUUUUUAAUAAAAAUAAAAGUGUGUGUGUGUGUGUGUAUGUAUGUGUGUAUAUAUGUAUACACACAAGCCUCAGUUUACAUAUUUUCUGAUUUACAUGAAAAUCCAUUGAAAAGAAUGCCUCGGCUUACAAUUUGUUUUUGCAGUACAAAGCAAGUUUCCCCAGGAUGCACUGCGCCUGGGAGGUUUAUAGCACCGCCCCCAUGCAUGCUGGAGUCUGUGGGUAGUGUGUCAGACCCUCUGAUUUUUAUACUUUUAAAAAUUCUAUUUGUAUUUAGAAAAAAUAAAAUAGAAAUAGAGUUUGUAUAAAAAUCAGGGAUAGAGGGUCUGUCACAGGUAGCACGUGGCGUCGAGUGUGGAGGUGUUGGAGUGACUUUUGCAUCAAAUUUUGGAGCCAUUCUGGAAACUUUUUGCAGUGGUUUGGGGACUUUUUGGUGCAUUUCUCAAGCAGUGGAAAGGUAGGGAGCUUAGCUUCGUCGUUUGCAUGCCUUUUACUGUGUGUUCUGCAUUGUGGGUUGGUUUCCAUGCCAGCUUAUUUUGACUUUUGACCUCCAGAACGGAUUAAUUGGUUUUCAGUGCAUUCCUAUGAGAAACUGUGUUUCGGUUAACAAAUUUUUCGCAAUAAGAAAUGUCCAGGAGAACGCAUUGAAUUUGUAAACUGAGGUACCACUCUGUGUGUGUAUUUUUUUAUAUAUAUAAUUUUUAAAAAAAAUUUUUGGGCAGUGCAGAGUUAGAUAUACAGGCUUGCAUGGACAUUGUAAAAGUUCAGCUGCAGUAUAAAGCACUGUGAUAUUACAUACAUUAUCCAGAAACAAAAAUUUCACUUUUUUGUAUAUAGAAAUGACAUAGCAGAGCAGUGUGUGGCAAACGAUAAGUCAAACAAUCGAAUAAGAACUAUGCUAGUGACAACACAAUAACAGCUUGUGAAGGAGUGCCUACCAAGAAACUUUUUCUUAAGGGUUUAGUCAGGCUUGGUAACUGUCGGCUACCAAAAACAAAAUAAAAUAAAAAUUGAACCACUGGUCUCGGUUGUCUGGAGCACUACAAUACCAUACCAUCCAGAGCGGGAAACUUAUAAGUGUACCAAACGUAAUAAUGUAAUAGCUCUAUUCUAAGCAUGUACAUACGAAGCAAAGUUAAUUAGGCGUGUAAUGGUCAUGUGGGGAAAUUACGAUAAAGUAAUCCGCCGUUUGGAGUGUCCCAACAUUCAGCCUAUUACAGAUGGUGAGAAAUGUGAGUCCUGCGUGCGAAGGAUUUUAUAAGCUGCGAUUCCCUGAUAGCGACGUGGGGCGUCACUCCAGGCGGGUUUACAGGCCCGCAUCUUUGAGCCACGGACUUGGGAGUUUCUAGAGUCCAAGCCCUUCCCGAAAGGGGAUAAACAUGAGGCCUUGGUGGUACGUUGCCGCUAAUAGUGGUAGGUCCUCCGUCUGUGUGGACAAUGCUGUUGGUCUUCGGCCCAGGCAGGCCAGUGAUAGAAGGUGCAUGCAAAUGGGGUCUGUUAAUGGUGAAAGGAGGCCCACUCACCGCCCAGUCUUCGCCUUCUGUAUCCUCCUCCUGAGAUUGAGGCAGUAUGGCUGCUUGGCGUGCCUCCAAAGGGGCCCAGAAUUGGUCAAAGAUUGUAUCCAACUGCCACAUAGUUUGCUUGACAGGAUCAAAACGAUCUGUGUUGUGCUGCUGAGUGUGGACACUCUGCUGGAUAACCUGAGCCGCCAUCUUGUGUGUUUAAGCUAUUAUUGUAGCUUGGCAGGUUUAUAAGCAUACAUCCACACUGGUGCACACAACAAGCUAGUGGAGACCAGGAUAACCCCCACCGGUCCAGAGGCUUUAAGGUAAGUCUGAGAAGGUGCAGUAUCACACGGAUCGGGGGAUCGGCGGCCUUACCCGUCUGGCGAUUUUGCUAGGCCCAGCUGCAAAUCUCCGUCCAAUACACUGUGCACAUUCAGGCCGACAUCUGCAGUAACCCGACUGGCUUCAGGAACAGGUAAGUCGUAAAUAGUAUUGAUAUGGCUGGUAGUCGAUUAUGUGGCUGAAUAUGAAAAUCUGACUGAGCUUGCAGGAGGCACAACCAUUUGCCAUGGAGCUCAGACACCACCCCCUAUUAUAUAUAUUUUUUAUUUUACAGGAUACGGCUCUCUAGGCAUGAUGACCAGUGUGUUAAUUUGCCCUGAUGGGAAAACUGUAGAGGCUGAAGCUGCCCAUGGUACUGUAACUCGUCACUACAGGAUGCAUCAGAAAGGACAGGAAACCUCCACUAAUCCCAUUGGUAAGUAGACACAUAAAAUAUUCUACUAACUUGGAGUCUUGAAUAUUACAAAUCGUUAUAACCCAAAUUUAUUUCUUCAUUUUUACCAGCUUCCAUUUUUGCAUGGACUCGAGGAUUAGACCACAGAGCAAAGCUGGACAACAACCCUGAACUUAAGAACUUUGCUAUAGCCUUAGAGGAGGUCUGUGUGGAGACCAUUGAGGCUGGAUUUAUGACCAAGGACCUUGCAGCUUGCAUUAAAAGCUUACCAAAGUAAGUUACUGCAGUUAUCCAUUGUAGGUGUAGGGGCUCCAUUGGUAAACCCUUUCCGAAUGACAAAGCAUCACGGGAGUAGUAGGUGUAGGGAUGCCUUUUGGUAAACCCUUUACGAGUGGCAAAACAUCACCGGAGCUGUACACUGCUGUCACCCAAGAUUUACUAAUGUAAAUUGACUUAAUAAUACAUGAAUACUAUCUGGACCUUACACUUAUUAUAAAGUAUAGUACCUUCCCAUUUCAGUACCCCUGCAUGAUACCCUCUCCUUUUAUCUACAUAAAACAACCUUCAUAAACAUUUCAAUCCUCACACCAUUCCAGUGCUACUAAUCCUAUGCUUUUUUUUAUACUGCCAUCCCCCCUUAAGCUCCUGCAAUGCAUAACUGUCACAGACAAACUGUGAUUAAUAGAAAUACACUGCUAAGUAUUACUUAAAGGACCAGUAUAGGUACCCAGACCACUUCAGCUCAAUGAAGUGGUGUGGGUGCCAGGUCCAUCUAGGGUUAACGCUGCCUGCUGUAAACAUAGCAGUUUCAGAGAAACUGCUAUGUUUACAAAUGGGUUAAUCCAGCCCUCUGGUGGCUGUCUCAUUGACAGCCGCUAGAUGCGCUUCAUCGCGUCUCACUGUGAUUUUCACGGUGAGAAGACGCCAGCGUCCAUAGGAAAGCAUUGAGAAUGCUUUCCUAUGGACUGGCUGAAUGCAUGCGCGGCUCUUGCCGUGCAUGCGCAUUCAGCCGAUGACGUCAGAAAAGGGAGGAGAGUCCCAGCGCCGAGGGAGGAGAGUCCCAGCGCAGCGGGAGUGGGACCCUGAGGGUGGGGGCACCCUCAGGGCACUAUAGUGCCAGGAAAACGAGUAUGUUUUCCUGGCACUAUAGUGGUCCUUUAAAAGAUUAUUGCAAUAUAAAAUCUUGCAGGUUCAUUUUUAUUUAACUGAAAUUGUAUUUUAUAAAGAAAAUGAAUACAGUUUUGAUGAAAAUGAUUUCACGUUUUUGUUUCUCUUUAUAGUGUACAAAGAUCGGAUUACUUGAACACAUUUGAAUUCCUGGACAAACUGGCAGACAAUUUGAAGCUGAAACUUGCUGCUCAACCCAAGCUGUAAACAAAGUGUUUUUAGAAGAAGAAAAAAAUACUCAGGUUUUCUGCUAUUACUUUUGGUUUACAGAGUCCAAACGGACAUUUUAUUUCCAUGUCAUGAUACAAUGCACUAGUUCUGCUUUGUAUUUAGUUAUUUUUUUAAUUUUUGGUUUUAUCCAACCUUCAUCUUGAUUUACAUGCCUAGCAACUGUAAAAUGAGAAGCUGGUCAGUAAUCACUGUGAAUUUCUUCUGACUGCAUUAGUAUGGAUACUAAUUUAGAAAUGCAGUCUCCCAUGCAACAUAAUAGACAUGUUAGAAUGCACACAGGCAUUCAUUUGAGUAGAAUUUAAAAAAACAUGAACACUAAUGUUAUCAUCCCAAAAAUAUUUUGCACUAAUCAUGCAUUUAUUUUUUUUGAGAACAGUGAUUAUACGGGCCUAUGUUUGCUACGUGCGCUCUCCCUAGAGUGUGCCAUGGUUGAUUAUUAUGGUGCUUUUAGAUGAGAUGUCCCUGGAUGUGAAUGUGUUACAUGCAUUCACUUUUUAUACACAUAUACCAUAUCAUGUUCUUCUAACAGCAGUUUUAACUGAAGUACUGGCAUAGAGCAUUAGAAAAGAUGCAAUUAAUGUCUAAUGAACUGGUCUAAAAAUGUUUACCAAAUGUUGCAUAACUUGAGGGGGAUCAUCUAGAAAACUUAAAGUAUUCUAAAAUAACACAAUUGUCAUUGUGUCUUGGCCCAAUAGAUUUUAAAUAAAGAUUCUGUUCUCGUAGGAACACAGGCAUUAAUAUGAUCUUCUUUCAUUGCAUCACAUGCCUACAAGCAAGAGUUAACCUGGUCUGACACAAAUGUGCAGAACAAUGUGAUUAUUAAAAAUAAUAAGUAGAGAAGGCGGGACAGUACCUCUACACCAGGCCAUACAAGCCUACCACUCCAUAAUGUCUUCAGCUUCAAAAACUCUGUCACUUAAGACACCACCAUUCUGACUUUUGUUCGGUCCAUCUGCAAGGAUCCUGUAAUGUACUUUUACUGAGACACUAUAACACACAGACAGUAUGGCUAUAUUUCAAAACAAGUGUCUUAUGGGUUGAGCUUUGAGAUCUGUCCUUGAUCUUGAAUGGAACGCACAGAAACAAUGGUCUGUAAUGCUACUGUGAUCUGCAGAUUAGACUCUUUGUCUCUUCAAAACAAACAAUAAUUGUUUAAAACUGUACUAGUCAUAACAAAUUGUCUGUUUUUACAGAAAUCGGUUAUAUUUUUAAUAAAUCAUAAUUUCAUGAUGAA